AUGGUAGUAAUAAACUCUUUUAAGUAUCCUGAAUCUGAUAUCAGGUGUCAAUCAGAAGAUGUAAGAGUUUUCUUGGAUAAAAAAGAUCUUGGAAAGGGCACAUUGUUCGUCAGUGAAAGUACAUUAUGCUGGCGUCAAAGAGAAGAUAUUGGUUUUACCAUUGGAUAUCCAAGUAUUUCAUUACAUGCAAUAUCUAAAGACACAAAUAUACACCCUAAAGAUUGUGUUUAUAUAAUGACUGAUGGGCAUAUUACUAUGCCUGGGGAAUUACCUCCUCCCAAAGAAGAAGAUGAUGAUAGUGAUUGUGAAUCAAAUGCAGACAUUUCUGAAAUUUUGCUAAUUCCAGCCAAUGAUGAAUCAAUAUCACAGAUAUAUGAAGCCAUAAAGAUCUGCCAGGAAUUAAAUCCUGAUCCAAUGGAUGAUGAAGAUGAUGAUAAUGAAGAUUUAAGUGAAGACAAUGAUGAUAAUCUUUAUGAAGAUGCAGAAGAUGACAUGGAAGAAGGUGAAUAUGAAGUUAGAGAAAGAGGUGGUGGUGAUGCAGAUGUUGAUGAUCUGGCUAGGAGAAUUCAGUCUAAUAGUGUUGACAUUCAGAUUAAUUAUAGAAAUGGUACUAAUGAAGAAGAAGACUUUCAAGAUGCUGAUUAA